AUGCACAUAGUCAUUUUGAUUGGUAGUGGUUACAUGGAUGAGGUCAGAGAUGGAAAUCCUCAACAGUGCUUUGAAAUGUUCCAUAUGUCUUUGCGGUUGUUUUAUCAUUUGGUUGAUGAGUUGAAACAGCAUGGGUAUCUGAAAGAAGGAAAGGGUGGCAUUGAUGUGCAAGAAUUGGUUGCCAUGUCCUUGUACAUUAUUGGACAUAACACCCGUAUGCGGUGCGUUGCUGACAGGCCUCCUAUGACAUCUCCAAGUGAACAAGUAUCACUCAUGAGAUGCAUUGGAGCAAUUGAUGGAACUCAUAUCAGUGCUCGAGCUCCAACUGGCAGAACUAGUGCUUAUAGGAGUAGAAAAAACAUUAUCACCACUAAUGUGAUGUGUGCAUGUGAUCAUGACAUGCGUUUACCUAUGUCCAUUCGGGCUGGAAAGGUAGUGCGAAUGACUCAAGGGUAUUGGAGGAAGUCAUUAAGAACCCAAAGCAUGGAUUUCCAUGGCCACCAAAUGGUUCAUACUGCUUGGUUGAUUCGGGUUACUCCAUUAGCUUGUUUUCCCAUAUUGAGCUCGAUGUCGAACUUGAAGCCUUUGCGCCAGCGGUAUAUCAUUUCUGCUUGUUGUGUUAUGCAUAAUUUCAUCCGCAUCAAUAGCCGGCCUGAUGAGUUGUUUCAUACAUGGGAAACUGCUGAUCUUGGUGGAGGUGCUAGCCGAAACAGUGAUGGUGGAUCUCCAGGAUCAUCAAGCAGUACAAUGACCUGA